AUGGAUUCGUCUUUGCUACUAUGGAACAAGAAACGGCAGCCUCGUGCUACUGCUGUGUUGGCCUCAUUCGUUUCACUGAAUAAAGUUGAUCGACCCCCUUCCGACGCCGAUAAGGAGCUUUUCUUCGUCGCUUGUGAGCUUGCCGAAACACAAUACGCAUUUUCGGACGUCGGAGUGGGAGCUACUGCAGAUGAUGUUAUGGGCUACGGUGAAUUUAACUCGCUAUAUUGUGGUCAGCCAGCGCAAUUUUACCUGAGAAAUUACAAGACGAGAGUGGGAAACGUUUCGGCAGCUCAGGUCCAGCGCGUGCUAGCGCGGCAACGCUUCUACGACAUUUCAGUUGAGUGGGAGCACAACGCCAUAACAAUCGAAAAUGAACUUGAGCAGACUCAAGCAGAUGAUCUUGCUAAUACAAAGCUUGAAUUUGUCAUGGAACAAUUGUCGAACGGGGCACCAUUUGACGAGUAUUAUGCCAAAACUGGUACAAUGGCAGGUGCAACUGAUCCUGCUUUUACUCCAACGUCACUAAAGUCUCUAGUGACUGAAGAAACAAAAGAACGGGCCGAGUACAUGGAUGAAGCAACUAAACGCGCCGAGAUAGAACGAAAAUUGGAGACGAGGCUGAUUCACUCGCUCAGCACGUUGAGUCAACAAACGACGAGCAUGCAGCGUGGCAUUGUACUUCCAUUGUACCGUAAUAUCACGACGCUCAGUGUCUCACUAAUUUUGCAACUGCGCUCCCUUGGUGUGGAUCUACCGAUUGAGGCACCGCACUGCGGCGAUUUGAUGAAAGUUACGGAGAAACGAUGA